AUGGCUAAGCUACGGACCAAUAUGCAGGCGUUCUUGUGGCUGAUCACUCUCUUCGUUGGCCUUACACUAGCCAACGUUGAAAAGACCAUGUUUAUAUCGCCGAAUUUGGACGAGGAACAUUCCGCGCUGCUAAAUAUCAUUGAUUUAAAGACCCUCUCUCCCUCUGCGCCGAGUAUACGGGAGCACCUUGAAGCAGAGUUUCCCACUGCCGCAGUUCCAUCUGGAAGAAGGUCUUGGUUUCGUCUGGACGGGCUGGUUCCAGGGCAACGUUAUGAAGUUCGGGUGUGCUGGGUUGCGACACAACCGACCGCUUUCGCCCUAUCAACCUAUGAACCAUCUCAGAUUGCCCGGUCUCCAAAACUGAUGUCUUCCAUGACUCAGUUUGCGGAGUCCAAGGGAAACGACAUAGGUCAAAGGCACCCACCCUCACGGGAAACCACAGGCAGUUCUCCAGCUGGAGCAACGUUGUUUCUUGUCAUCGACACCGCAGCCGACUACUUCACCGCCAAUCAAUCAUUAAUGGCGAACGCACCCCCUGUCCUAGUCGACAUCAUCCUUGAUCCGUAUAUCUUCAAUAUACUACCAACCUCCCUUGUGCCUACCUUAGGGUACAUAGCGGCGUCAGCCAUACUUGCAUGGUUCUUAUCGCAAUAUAUUUGGCUCCAGUUUUCAGCCGCUGCGGACGUACUGGAUAGCAAUAGGAGUAGUGGAAGCGAAAUCCAGCCGCAGUCGGUUCUGGGACAUACUAACUGGAUUGGAUCUGCGAGAAAGAAGGAUCAUCGCAUUGAUUUUUUCAGCUGUUAA